AACACAAAAACAUUUUUCAAAUUCUUAUCAGUUCAAAAUUUGCGUGUACUUGUACUUGUUGUCGUUGUUAUUGUUUUCUAGUAAACAAGAAACUAUGCAAUAAAUCGAUUAAUCGAUCGGCCGUUCAAAUAUUCUGAAUUCAUUUGAAAUAUAUGGGUUUAUUCUGGGCAAAAUAUUAACAGUUUGAAAAAAGUAUUCAGAAGAUUAAGACGUGCUUGAAAUUAUUUUUACAAUAAAUAAAUUAUUUAAAUUAAUAAUAUUAGUAAUAAUAAAGAAACAAAAAGUGUUUGAAAUUAUUACAAAAAUUAAAGUUAGUUACAAAAUGAAUUCCAAUAUUACUUCGAGUGUGGAAAUUACUGCCGAUUCAACAACAGCAAAUUGUUGUGGUGACAAAAGUUUGUGCAAAAAAUCCUUUCCCGACAAAAAAUACAAAGAAAUCCAGCCGAAGGGGAAAGACGUGUCAGGCCUUACAUGUGAAUGUGGUGUGUUUGCGGCAAUUGCAUGUGGUGAUUGGCCAACACAGAUUGAUAUCGCUCAAGUCAUCUGUUUGGGUCUGGUUGCCUUGCAACAUCGUGGUCAAGAAUCGGCUGGCAUUGCAACCAGUGAUGGCAAAUCAUCGAAAAAAUUCAAUGUCCACAAGGGCAUGGGCAUGAUUAACAAUCUGUUUAAUGAUGAUGCCAUCAAGAAAUUGCGGGGAAAUUUGGGAAUUGGUCAUACACGUUACUCCACAGCCGCCGCCUCUGAAAUGGUUAAUUGCCAGCCAUUUGUGGUGCAUACCUCGCACGGAGCUUUGGCUAUAGCCCACAAUGGAGAGUUGGUGAAUUGUGAACAGUUGAGGAGAGAGGUUUUGGAUCGUGGUGUUGGUUUAUCUACCCACAGUGACAGUGAACUGAUUGCCCAGUCACUGUGCUGUGCGCCCGAAGAUGUUUCUGAACAUGAUGGCCCCAAUUGGCCGGCACGUAUACGUCACUUUAUGACAUUGGCUCCGUUAUCCUAUUCCCUGGUCGUUAUGCACAAAGAUAAAAUCUAUGCAGUACGUGAUUCCUAUGGCAAUCGUCCUUUGUGUCUUGGCAAAAUUGUGCCCAUUACUUUGGGUGCUGGUAAUGUUGAAGAGUGUCCAGCCGAGGGUUGGGUGGUGUCCAGUGAAAGUUGUGGUUUCCUCUCCAUCGGAGCACGUUAUGUGCGUGAGGUGGAGCCGGGUGAGAUUGUGGAAUUAACACGCAACGGUUUUCGCACGGUGGACAUUGUGGAGAGACCUGAUUAUAAGCAUAUGGCUUUUUGUAUUUUCGAAUAUGUGUAUUUUGCUCGCAGUGAUUCUACGUUUGAGGGUCAAAUGGUUUAUUCGGUUAGGGAGCAGUGUGGUCGUGAGUUAUUUAGAGAAUCUCCCGUGGCAGCAGAUAUUGUUAGUUCCGUGCCGGAAUCUGGUACAGCAGCGGCGCAUGGUUAUGCCAGAGAGUCUGGUUUACCAUUUUCCGAAGUUUUGUGCAAGAAUCGUUAUGUAGGCCGUACCUUCAUUCAACCUUCUAAUCGCUUAAGGAAAUUGGGUGUGGCAAAGAAAUUUGGUGCUUUGUCGGCAAAUUGUGAGGGUAAACGUGUGGUUCUUAUUGACGAUUCUAUAGUGCGUGGCAAUACAAUUGGCCCCAUUAUCAAAUUGUUAAAGGAUGCUGGUGCCACAGAGGUGCACAUACGUAUUGCCAGUCCUCCCUUGUUAUAUCCCUGUUAUAUGGGCAUCAAUAUUCCCACCAGAGAAGAACUGAUAGCUAAUAAACUGAAUCCCAGUGAAUUGGCCAAAUAUGUGGGUGCCGAUAGUUUGACCUAUUUAAGUGUGGAUGGUUUAGUUCGCGCUGUGCAAUACAGCAAAGCCGUUUCAAAUCCCAUUAAAUCUGGCUACUGUACGGCUUGUUUGACUGGAGAGUAUCCUGGUGGGCUGCCAGAAGAACUGAGUUGGUAGUUAUCUCCCCUGAGCUCACAAAUAUUAUAAACCUUUAAUAGAUUAGCUGUAUAUUUAUGUAAAAUAAGUUUAAUUUAAUUUUUUUUUUUUUUUGUAAAUGUAUUUUAUUACCACUAAAAAUAUGCAUAAUACUCAUAUAGAAAUAAACAUAAUGUUGUCAUAAUAUUUAAAAAUUAUGCAAAAUUAAAAAAAAGAUGAAUAAAAAAAA